AUGAAGUCCGGCGAACGCGAUCCUGCCGAGCGUACUAAAGUGUUCAAAUCAACGUACAGCGUCGUCCGUGGGUUGUUGGAGUUCGGUGAGGGUGGUGCGAAGGUGAGGGUGGCCAGGAAGCAUCAGCAACAGCGUCGUGUUCGAAGUCGGCCGUUCGUGAGCCGGUGCAGUUCGCUCGUGCUCACCGUGAGCCUUAUCGUGCUGUGCAGCUUCGUCGUGAGAAGUGUUGGGGAUGUCUUUACCGUUGGCUAUCUGACCGGAUCACAACGGCGUCCGGGCGAUCGGGUCUACGCACGACCGGGAUUACAAAUUUCCGGUGCCAUAACGCUAGCGAUGAACGAGGUGAACGAACGGUACUUCGCCCCGCACGGGCACGAGCUGCGCUUCGAGGUGGCGGAGACGUACGGCGAGGAGGUGACCAGCAUCCGGAAGACGGCCGACCUGUGGACGCGGGAGGUGAUCGGCUACCUCGGGCCGCAGGAGACGUGCGUCCACGAGGGUCGCAUGGCGGCCGCGUUCAACUUGCCGAUGAUAUCCUACUUCUGCACACACAACGAGACGUCGAACAAGCGGCACUUUCCCACGUUCGCCCGGACGCGCCCGCCCGAUCUGCAGAUCUCCAAGUCCGUCGUCUCGCUGCUGCUCGCCUACAACUGGACGCAGGUUAGUUUUUUGUAUCGUGCUUCAGACAACGGUGAGUUCGACGCGGUGGCGGACACGCUCAAGACGACGCUCCGGUCGGCCGGCAUCCGGAUCCGGUCGGUCGCCACCUGGACCGACAUCUACCACCACGGCUACUCGAGCAAUCCGUUCGAGCGGCUGGUGGCGGAAACGUGCGCCGACACGCGAAUCUAUCUGGUGCUGGGCUACCACUACGAGCACAUCGGACUACUGGUGAGCCUGCGGAGGCGCGGACUGCUGGCGCAGGGCGACUACUUCGUGGUCGGCAUCGACAUCGAGCAGUACGAUGCCGCCCUGCCGACCAAGUACAUGCACGGGCUGCUGCAGACGACGCCGGACCCGGACGUGGUCGAUGCCUUCCGCCACUAUCUGGCGGUCGUACCUUCCGCGCCCGUCUGCUUCGACGAGUUUGCGGUCAAAGUUAACAAAUAUUUGGAGCUCCCACCGUUCAACCACCGGAAUGCACUGAAUUUCUUCGGAGGCGUUAAGCAGAUCCGGGCAGAAGCAGCUUAUCUGUACGAUGCGGUCCAUCUGUAUGCAAAUGCGUUGCUGCAAGUGGUGCUGGCGGGCGGCAGUCCGAAGAAUGGAACCGCCAUAAUCGACGCGAUCAAGGGCCAGGCUUACACGAGUGCCAUGGGGUAUUUGGUGCACAUCGAUGAGAACGGCGACGCGACCGGAAACUACACCAUCCUCGCGCGGAAACCGGUUCCCAGCACAAACGCAUCCAACCGGUACGGGUUGCUUCCGAUCGGGCGCUUCAGCUCGCCGACAGUGGACCGCAUUCCGUUUAAGAUUCAGGAGAUACGGCUGUUUGAUACGAUCGAUUGGGUCGGCGCGGGCCCUCCGGUGGCCGAACCUCGGUGUGGGUUUCGUGGCGAAAAAUGUAUUAGUUAUACCGGUGAAAUAACGGGUGGCAUUGCGGGUGGUGCCCUGUUGCUGCUGGGGGUGGUUUCUCUCGUCCUCUACCGGAACUGGCGCUACGAGCAGGAGCUCGACAGCCUGCUGUGGAAGGUGGACUUUCGCGAGAUUCAGAUGCACGAAAAUGAGAAGGAAGCCGCCGGGCAGAAAAUGACACGGACCACACACCCGCUGAUACGGACUAGUCAGGUCAGUCUGAGCUCAAACCCGGACCUGGACUUCCGCUACUCCACCAUCUUUACGCCGAUCGGACUCUACAAAGGUCAGCUGUACGCGAUCAAGAAGGUGAAGAAGAAGAGCAUCGACAUUACGCGCGAGAUGAAGAAGGAACUUAAGCUGCUGCGUGACAUGCGGCACGAUAAUCUGAACGCUUUCAUCGGGGCAUGCACGGACCCACCGAACAUCUGUAUCAUCACGGACUACUGUAAUCGUGGCAGCCUGAAGGACGUGCUGGAAAACGAGGACGUCAAGCUCGACAACAUGUUUACGGCGUCGAUGGUGGCGGAUAUCCUGAGAGGUAUGAUUUACCUGCACGAUUCGCCGCUUCGCUUCCACGGUUCACUCCGCACGUCGAACUGUUUGAUCGAUUCGCGGUGGGUGGUGAAACUGAGCGAUUUUGGCCUGUUUGCCUUCAAGCAGGGUGCCGAGGACAUGCCAGACGAGAAAGAGAAGCUGGAGGAAAAUUGUCAAAAGUUGCUCUAUCGCGCGCCAGAACUUUUGCGUGCCGGAUCCACGGCGAGCGUUCCCGGCACGCCAAAGGGUGACGUGUACUCGUUCGGUAUCGUGCUGUACGAAAUAUUCACACGUCGUGGACCGUUCGGUGAGAUCGAGUGUACGCCGAUGGAGUGUCUAAACCGGGUGCUCAAUCCGUUCGACCCGCAUACCCCGUUCCGGCCGGCCAUUCAACCACUCGAGACGUCUUUCGACUGUGUGCGCGAGUGUUUGCGCGAGUGCUGGGCGGAGCGGGCCGAGGACCGGCCGGACUUUAAGGCGAUCCGCAACAAGUUACGGGUGCUGCGCAAGGGCAUGCGUCCGAACAUCUUCGAUAACAUGAUGGCCAUGAUGGAGAAGUACGCCAACAACCUCGAGCAGCUGGUGGACGAGCGGACUGAUCAGCUGCAGGAGGAGAAGAAAAAGACCGAGGCACUGCUGCUGGAGAUGCUGCCACGUCCGGUGGCGGAACAGUUGAAGCGUGGCCACAAGGUGGAGGCGGAGAGCUACGAUCUCGUGACGAUUUACUUCAGUGACAUCGUCGGUUUCACGUCCAUGUCGGCCGAGAGCACGCCCCUGCAGGUGGUUGACUUCCUGAACGAUCUGUACACCUGCUUCGACUCCAUCAUCGGACACUACGACGUGUACAAGGUGGAGACGAUCGGUGAUGCGUACAUGGUGGUGUCCGGGCUGCCGAUCCGCAAUGGGUUGAUACAUGCGGCCGAGAUCGCGUCCAUGUCGCUGCAGCUGCUGGAAGCGGUGGCCGAGUUCAAGAUCCGGCACCGUCCGAACGAUCGCCUCUACUUGCGCAUCGGCAUCCACUCGGGGCCGGUUUGUGCCGGAGUCGUCGGGCUGAAGAUGCCCCGGUACUGCCUGUUCGGUGACACGGUCAACACGGCGUCCCGCAUGGAAUCGACCGGGCUGCCGCUCAAGAUCCACUGCAGCCUACAGACCAAAGAGAUCCUGGACUCGCUCGGUGGCUAUCAGUUUCAGGAUCGCGGCCUGGUGCCGAUGAAGGGCAAGGGGGACCAGCGGACGUUCUGGCUGGUCGGAGAAGAUCCGGAAGCGCGUGCCCGACGGACGAAGGAGCGCACCGAGCGACGUGGCUCCCGGGCGCUCAACAAGUAUCUCGGUAUGCUCAAGAGCGCUACGUUGUUGCCCGGGGUGCGCAGUUCGCUCAAGACCCGAUCGCUGGCGGUUCCUCGGGGGUCGCUACCACGCUCAUCUAGUCUGGAGUCACCGAAAAGACUGAGGUUCGCCAGCGGCGCUAUGCUGGAGCAGCAUCGUUACCAUAGAUAUAGCGACGAUGCGCUGAUGGAAGUCAUCUCGGACAGCAGCAUCCGUCGCUCGGAUUACAGCAUCUCCGACGGUGCGGAAGACAUCACUGCCUCGUGUCCGUGCAUCGAGCACCUCGGAACCACGGACCAGAAACAGCGGCAGCAGCAACCGGCCGAACCCGCCUACCUAUCGCUAAACAACUGCCCAACGGUAACAACGCCGCUGCUCAACAACAGUAUCGCCACCUAG